AUGGACAACACUCACGUCGACCAGCCAUCGCCACCUCAGUCGGUACACGAUUCCGAAGACGAAUGGCUCGCGAGUCCGCAGCACCCGUCAACACAGGUGAGGCAAUUGUGGAACAUGCAAUUCUCCAGUUCGCAAUGGGAUCCAUAUGCGACGAAGCCUUUGAGGUCUUUGAGAGAAGCAGUCCUUAUUCCUGGGAAUUAUUCUGAGAUCCAAGCGAUACUGAAGAACGAGCAAGUGGAUGUGGACGAGAAGGGCCCAGAUGGCCGAACUGCCCUUUCGCUAGCCAUUGAGUGCGGCAAGUACUACGUCGUAAAAAUUUUGCUGGGCAACGGAGCCGACCCCAAUAUUCGAGAAGAUCGAAACCGCACCCCAUUCUUUUGGGCCACUACGCAAAGCCAACGUGCCUCCAAUCUUAAUUACAAUUAUAAGGACAUGAUUAAAUCUCUCCUGGACUUUGAGGCAGAUCCGGUUUUAACAGAUGACGAAGGAAACACCCCGCUUGCUGAGGCUGCUGCUAUAGGAAAUGAAGAAUUCGUGAAGCAGGCUGUGGAGGCUGUGGAGUCUGGUCUUGCCAAAAUCAACACGCAGGGCGAUGAGGAAAAAACUCCGCUGAUGCGUGCAACAACUGGAGGAUGGCCAAAUUGUAUGAGAUAUCUUUUACCACACCCCGCCGAUAUGGGUAGUUGUGCUUGGUGGGAACGAUUCCUUCAGACCAGGGCACGGCAAAGAGAGAAGGAUCCGCGCCGAUCUCAAUUCAAGGACCUUUGUAUGGAAGAUCGUACUGGCUUAGAAGAUCUAAUAUCCCAGCUGCCAAACGAUUCCGUUUCGGGAACGAAUCCUCCCGGCGGGCGCACGUUUCUCUCGUGGGCUGUGGAAUAUGAAGACGAAGAAAUCGUUGAACGACUUCUGCGUUGGGAAGAGAAUCCCAACGUUCGUGAUAAAACGGAUCAUAAGAUGAGCCCCUUGAUAAAGGCAUUGAAAAUUGACAAUAUGGCCAUCGUCGACCUGCUCAAGGGGAGAGACAAAUAUUCGAUGCAUAUUUUGGUGGACGAAGCUGAUGAUAUGGGUGAAGAGCAAGCCUUGGAGCUCGCACGCAAGCUUCUAGAGCGAGGAUACGAUCUUAACAAGCGUGAUUCCGAAGGCCGGAAUCCCCUCCACAUCGCAUGUCAUAAAGGGAGAAAACGCUUUGUUGAGGAGUUUCUCCAUCCAAAUUUCGGAACCCAAAACGCCUCCGUUCAUGAGAAGGAUAAUACCGGGAAAACGCCCUUGCAGUAUGCAAUCGGCAACAAGGACAUCGUCAAGCUUCUGGUCGAACGCGGGGCAGACCUCAGUGAUGUGGAAACUGCAAGUCUGUUCAAACUCGGAGAACCAAAGCCGCUCUGCGUCCAAUUGACUAAUAUUCGGGGCCCUAACCAAACUCUUCUUCUGAUCAGUGACCAUAACGAAGCACGACAGCUGUGGAACCCGGAGUUUGGAGUGCCCCAAUUACGGUGA